ACUCCCGCAUCUCAUUCUUGAACUAGAGUAAUUUGGGAGAGAAGCAAAAGAUGCAAUUUGGUGGCAUAUCAUCUUCUUCUCUUCAUCUAAAACUCCCACUAUUAGUUUGUGAGAGCAGACCACACAGUAGUUUUCAAAAUUCCACUCAUAUUAAUGGCGGCGGCGGAGGGGGUGAAGAUGAUAAUUUGACAUGUUGUUUGCCCAAGCAUGUGAAGUUAAUUACGAGCCCAUCCAACCCAUUUGUCAAACACUGCCUUAAGCUUCGACAGAACUCUUCUUAUCGCCAUCUUCAUGCUUCUGUUCUUGUAGUUGGCUCUACUCCCAUCAGGGAAAUAUGCUUGUUUCAAAAGUCAUUGCAAGAGAGACCUACGGCCAUUGAUUGCGUACUCAUACUUGAUAAAGCUGAUGUUUCUGUAGAAUUAGAGGAUUAUGGUACUCGUAUCAUUCGUGUAAGUUCCACAGUAAUGAGAAAAUUAUCCGGAAUGCAAUCAACUGAAUCUAUUGAAGCAAUUGCUUUAAUGAGGAUUCCUUCCACAUUUCACUCUGCAGAUGAAAAUCUGAAUGUGGAAAAUUUUCUCAGCUGGUUUCCAUCCCCGCACCGAGUAUUAGUUCUUGAUGGGAUUCAGGACCCGGGGAAUCUUGGCACUUUACUUAGAUCAGCCAUGGCGUUUGGAUGGGGUGGUGUCUUUCUACUUCCUGGCUGUUGUGAUCCUUUCAAUGAUAAAGCACUUCGAGCUAGCCGGGGAGCCUCAUUUCAGCUUCCUAUUGUUUCUGGAGACUGGGUUCAUCUAGAAGCUCUCAAAGAUGCACUUCAAAUGAAGAUUCUGGCAGGACAUCCUGCAGAUAAUGAUAAACAAAAGUCUGUGACACUGCUUUCUCGUAUGUUUGCUGAUUCCUUGGCAGAUACAAAAAUUUGCUUGGUUUUGGGAAGCGAAGGUAGUGGUCUUUCGGAGAAAAGUAGGCAAGAAGCUGAGCUUGUUGCCAUCCCAAUGACUGGAGAGUUCGAGUCUCUUAACGUUUCAGUUGCUGGUGGGAUCUUGUUGUAUAUGUUACAGCCUGCAAACCAUGUAUGAUAUAUAUGGACAUAGUUUAAUCGCCUGCAAACAUGUUCAAUGUAGGUUGAGCUUGUAUUCUGACUAACAAGUUACUUGUAGAGAACCCUUAUCAUCUUUCUGUUAUUAUCCAUUGCUUUACUUGUUCAAAACAUACCUUGUUGGGGGCUUAAAGUGUAGUUGGAUUGCAUUUGUUUCA